AGAGGAUAGCCAAAGAGUGCUCCCUCUUAUGGUGUAAACCACACGCACGCACAUACAUCAACACCAUAUUUACCCAGUGGAGGAGUGAAAAUCAAUCACAUUACCUUUCUAUUUUCUCUCUCUUUCACGUAAAAUAUACUAUAAAUAUACAAUCUUGGUAAUUGAAGCAAAGACUGAUUUUGAUAAACAAGAAAACGAAAAAGGGAGGAAAAAAAUAACUAAGAGGGCCUCUAAGCCCUCUGCUUUUCUCAAUCCAUGCCUCCUCUUAGAUCUUGAAUUGUAACCAUUUCUUAUCUGGGUCUUUGUCUGUUGGUAAAUUAAAGCUUGUUUUUUGUUACAUAUUGAUCUUUUCUUGACUGUUUCGAGUCAAAGUUUGAAUCUUUAUUGUUUCUCAGGGAUUCUGGAUUCUGGGUCUAUUGAUCUGAUAAAGAUCAUAUGAUUCCCUGCUGAAUCAAAGAUUGCCCAGAUUUCAUUUAAGUGCAAGAAAUCUCCAAGUUUAUAUUGUAAAUUGUAAUUUACUUAAUUAGAAAUGGAAAUGAAUCCCGGCAAGGUGUUCAUUGGUGGAAUUUCUUGGGAGACCAAUGAAGAGCGUCUGAGAAACUAUUUCCAAACUUUUGGUGAAGUAGUGGAAGCUCUGAUAAUGAAAGAUCGCAACACUGGCCGUGCCCGUGGUUUUGGUUUUGUUGUUUUUGCAGAUACUUCUGUUGCUGAAAUAGUUGUCAGGGAAAGACACACGAUAGAUGGAAGAACUGUGGAGGCAAAAAAGGCUGUUCCUAGGGAUGAUCAUCAAAACAUCAACAGAAACAACGGAAGUGUUCAAGGAUCGCCUGGUCCUGCCCGCACGAAAAAGAUUUUUGUGGGUGGCUUGGCAUCAACAGUCACUGAAAGCGACUUCAAGAGGUACUUUGAACAAUUUGGAACGAUAACAGAUGUUGUGGUCAUGUAUGACCAUAAUACACAAAGGCCUAGAGGUUUUGGCUUUAUUACUUAUGAUUCGGAGGAGGCAGUGGAUAAAGUUUUAUUCAAAACCUUUCAUGAACUUAAUGGGAAAAUGGUUGAGGUUAAACGAGCUGUUCCAAAGGAGUUAUCUCCAGGACCAACUCGAAGCCCAUUAACUGGAUAUAACCAUGGUCUAAAUAGGGCGAGCAGUUUCCUCGAUUCUAUUACUCAAGGCUAUAAUUCAAUCUCCUUGGGAGGCUAUGGCAUGAGAAUGGACGGUCGAUUUAGUCCCAUGUCCGUAACUCGGAAUGGAUAUCUUCCAUAUAGCCCCUCCAAUUAUAGCACGGGACUAAGCUUGGACUUGGGGUUGAGCUCGAACUAUGGGAUGACUGGAGAACCAGGGUUGGGAUAUGGACGUAUCAUGAACAGCUACUAUAGAGGAAAUCAAAGCAGAUAUGGAAAUCUCAUUGGAUAUAAUAUGGGUGAUGGAGGAAAUGGUUCUUUGUUGGACUCAAUAAACCCAAACAUGUGGGGCAAUGAGAGUCUUAAUUUUGGUACAAACUCUAUGAUCUCUGAGACUUUUGUUGGCUCGAGAAGCGGGAAUACUGGCAUAGUUGGUGGUUUAGGUAGUAUUGGGGGAACUUGGGGCUCCUCCCCCAUUUCAGCACAAGGUGGGGGUAAUGGUUCUUUAAGCAGUGGUGAUUUUGGCAACUAUAGCAGCAGACAAAAUAGUUUUGGUGGCAGGGGAGGUUACAAUAGAAACACUGAAGACAAUGUGAUUACAUCAGCAUAUUCUGCCGCAAACGAGGCCCAAGAUGAUGGUUUUGGGAACUUGUAUGGAGCUAAUACAAGUUACGGUGAUCUUGCUUGGCGUUCAUUGUCUCCAGAGCUAGAAGGGUCUGCCUCCUUUGGUUACGGGCUCAGCACUGCAGCUGCAGAUGUUACACCUAAAAAUUCUGUUGGUUAUGUCGGAGGUGGUUAUAGUGUUACGACUAGGUCAAAUAGAGGAAUUGCAGCCUAGAACAAAUUGCUGUAUGAAUACUCUAAGUUUAUAGUAGGCAGUGAUAUAUACAAGUUGAACUAAAACGGAGGACCAUGAAUUACUCAGUCCCUCAUGGAGGUUUUUUCGGGCUACAAGUACAUUUUAGAGGCUAUCAAAAGUACCUGUUCUAAAGAAUCAGCGACCCUGUCACCGGGCGAUUUCCGAGGAUUUUCGUACGAUAUCUAAAGUCAAGCUUUCCAAUAUAGUUUUUGUUUCAUGAAAUUUGUUGAGAUGUGAACUUUGGUUUCUUGCAAUUGUCGUGGCGUGAGAGGAACUUCUCGUUCUGUCUCUUCUGUAAAAGUUCCCGGUUCGUGCUAGGUUUCUGGUUCAAUUGUUGUUGGCAGAUUGAACAGAAGGUUUGAUUUACUUGGCUAUGCUAUGAAACUCUAAUUUACUAAAUUGAGUCAUUUUUCUUGCAUUUA